CUCCCACGCGCUUGGAGCAGAGGGGAAGAGCCGAGACUCCGGAAUGAGACGCAGGCGCACUGGUCCGCCAGGGUCUUGGGCGGGCGCCCGGCCCCCUGAGAAACCGGCUAGCCAGGCUUUUCUUAUAUAGGGGCGGGGACGGCUGGGGAGUUCCCAGCCAACUCUGUGUCUAGGUUUUCUAAGAGGAUGGCGAAGUCGAAGGCCAGCAGCGCGGCUACCGCCUAUUUCCGUCUACCCAGACCCUUGCCCUCUCUGGUCACAGUCCUGGGGCUGGGCUACUUCGCGUGGGUUGUCUUCUGGCCUCAGAGUAUCCCUUAUCAGAGCCUUGGGCCCCUGGGUUCUUUCACUCAGUACUUGGUGGACCACCAUCACACCCUCCUGACCAAUGGGUAUUGGCUUGCCUGGCUGAUUCAUGUGGGAGAGUCCUUGUACGCCAUAGUAUUGUGCAAGCACAAAGGCAUCACAAGUGGUCAGGCUCGGCUACUCUGGUUCCUACAGACUUUCUUCUUUGGGAUAGCGUCUCUCAGCAUCUUGAUUGCUUACAAACCGAAGCGCCAAAAACAAACUUGAAGACGCCCAAAAGUUUGCUCUACACAUUUACAUUCAUGUUCACCUUUUUUGUGUGUGUAGGAUAAGGGAGGUACAGUGUUUACUCAGUGAUCUUUCUACUUUCUAGAAUCUGACUGUCCUUCAAAGCUAUUUCAGACCCUCUCAUUAGUCAUUUUUCUCUUAUAUGCUCUGGUUGAGCUUGAAUAGACCAGUUGUUACUUCAAAAAGAAACAGAGAAAGAUUUUAGCUUUUCAGUUCUAUUGGCAGAGGACUUCAGCUACCUUUUUAUGGCCUUUGAUUGUGUUGGGGCCCUCUAGGCUAAGCCACAUACUAAAUUGACUUUUUGGUUUGUAUACCCUUGCUCCCAUCUUCUGAUGAAAACACCUUACCCUCACUACCACCGUCUUUCCUCUCCUUUCCCAAAGCUCUUUCCACCUUGCUGCACUAAGAUAAAGUGUCACUUUCACCAUACAUCAAUUCCACACACAUUUAUUAAGUACCUGUGAGGCAGGAUCUUAUCCUCUCAAACUUCCAUUUCUCACCCUACAGAGAAAGAUAAGGAAGAUGCGCAAGUGCCUGGAAUGGGGCAGGCUAAGCGGCCACAUAGAGGCACGCUGAGAACCCGGAGGGGAGGCUGCAGAGUGCCUUCCCUGAUGCUGCAGCCGGAAGUGAUCCUUCCCUCCGCCUGACCCCUGGGACACUGCUCUGUAGUGUGUGGGGUCUGCUGGCACUGCUAGAUUGCUCCUUCAGCUCAGGGCCACAGCUUAAACAGCUUUACCUUUCCCCUCAGCACCUCCCAUUACCUUGCACACAGGUGCUCUAUCCAUGUUUAUUGAACAAAGGACAGAAACUGAUUUCACUUUCACUUGUUCAUUAUCAUUCCAAUUUUUAUGUGAAAAUGGCACAACCCAUUUGGGGUACCCUCAUCUCAAAAGAAAAGCACAAGACUACCUUUGACUGGUACCACCUUUUUUAUGGGUUCCUUGGUGAGAAACCUUUAUCUUUUUCACACUUUUCUAUUCUCCAAAAGUGUCUCUUUCCAGCUCUGAAUGAUUCAAAACACACAAGCAUUCCUGUUUAGAGAUUCUAGCCCAUGGAUUAUCUGGCUAGUUACUACCUCCUGUUCACUUGGUCAUACUUUAUUAUUGCUCACAGGUUGGGGAAGCAGAAUGACUGUGUCACCACUAGGAGCCAUUAAGGCUUGUUCCCUGGAGGACUGCCUGCUUGUUCUCUGGGGACUAGUCCUCAUUUCCCAUCUGUGAUACAGUGGGGCAAGUUAUUUGUAUUAAGCAAACAUUUAGGAAAAACAACCCCCUCCCCAAAACAGAGUCCCCGAGUAAAGCACAACCCUGAAAUAUUAUGAACUAUGAAUUGUCUCCAGUAGAGAUAAAUUUCUGCAAAUAUAUCUCAGUCUUUCCAUCUAUUUCUCUUGUGAUUAAGAAGCUGCUUUUUGGUAAAGAAGAGGAUUUUUGGCCAUAUAGAGUUAGGCAUCAUGGAAAUUCAAACCAGAUUUCUUAAUACCCGGUCUUCUCCAAAGAGAAAUAGAGACAGUAAUAGUGGUGCUGGGAACAGUAUGGCAGAUUAUUGAAUGUAAUGGACUAACUUGAAUAAAAUGCUGUGAAUUAUCUCUA